GUACUUAGUCUCUGCUCUUAUCUUUCCACUGUCAUUCCAAAAAUCAUCCAAAUCCCACACAAUCCGACUCCAUUAAUUCCUUCUUAUGGCCGAUCAGCUCUGCUUGUUUUGCAGGUUCAUGCUUUAUUGUAAUUUGAAUCAUUAGGAGUUCCUUCAAUUUGUAAUGCAAUCUGUUGAUGAAAGUAAUGAAAAGAAGACGAAUUUGAAACGCCCUCGCGAUAUGCCUGUGACCGACAGCACUGCUAUGCAAACUCUUGAUGAUUGCAUUCUUUUCCCUGUUGAAGAGAUAGUUCAAUCACCAUUACCUGGUUAUGUAGCACCUACUUCUGUUAGUUUUAGUCCGGAUGAUAGUUUGAUAGCUUUUCUAUUUAGUCCUGAUCACACCUUGAGUAGAAAGGUUUUUGCUUUUGAUCUCAAUUCUGGCAAGCAAGAGUUAUUUUUCUGUCCCCCGGAUGGUGGACUUGAUGAGAGCAAUAUAUCACCUGAAGAGAAGUUGAGGAGGGAGAGGUCAAGGGAGCGUGGUCUGGGAGUCACACGUUAUGAAUGGGUGAAGACUAUCUCAAAGAAGAAAACUAUUAUGGUGCCUUUACCAGGAGGGAUUUAUUUCCAGGAGUUUUCUGGUUCAAAACCAGUGCUCAAGCUUCCAAGCAUGUCAUCAUCACCAAUUAUUGAUCCACAUCUUUCCCCAGAUGGUACAAUGCUUGCAUACAUAAGAGAUUAUGAGCUACGUGUUCUGAAUCUUUUGUACGAUGAACAAACACAAUUAACAUAUGGUGCAAAUGGGAACAUUGUGACUCAUGGACUUGCUGAGUAUAUAGCUCAGGAAGAGAUGGAUAGAAAAACUGGGUAUUGGUGGUCACUUGAUGGCAAGUUCAUUGCAUUUACAGAGGUUGAUUAUUCUGAGAUACCUCUUUUUAGAAUUAUGCACCAAGGUAAAAGCUCAGUAGGUCUAGAGGCACAGGAAGACCAUGCAUAUCCUUUUGCAGGAGCUUCAAAUGUCAAAGUUCGCCUUGGGGUGGUGUCCGCCACUGGCGGUCCUGUCACCUGGAUGGAUCUUAUCUGUGGGGGACCAAACUACGAUGACGAAUAUUUGGCUAGAGUCAAUUGGAUGCAUGGGAAUUUUCUUACAGCACAAGUCUUGAAUAGGUCUCACUCCAAACUAAAGAUCCUUAAGUUUGAUAUCAAGACAGGCCAAAAAUAUGUUGUAAUGGUUGAAGAACUAAAACCUUGGAUUAAUCUACAUGAUUGUUUUACACCUCUGGACAAAGGAGUCACCAUAUAUUCUGGGGGGUUCAUCUGGGCAAGUGAAAGAACAGGAUUCAGACAUCUUUAUCUUUAUAAUGCUAAUGGGACUUGCUUGGGACCCAUUACAGAGGGUGACUGGAUGGUUGAGCAAAUUGCUGGUAUAAAUGAGGCUGCAGGGCUUGUAUAUUUCACUGGAACUCUUGACGGACCUUUAGAAUCGCACCUUUACUUUGCUAGACUAUGCCCAGAUGAAAAUUCUACCUUGCAAACCCCUGUCAGAUUGACUCAUGGCAAGGGAAAACAUGUGAUUGUGCUUGACCAUCACAUGCAGAAGUUUGUUGAUAUUUAUGAUUCUCUUGAUUCUCCCCCCAGGGUUUUGCUUUGCAACUUGAUUGAUGGAAGUGUAAUAAUGUCUAUUUAUGAGCAGCCGUUAGCAAUUCCCAGGCUUAAAAGACUUCAACUUGAACCUCCAGAGAUAGUUCACAUACAGGCAAAUGAUGGUACCAUACUAUAUGGGGCCUUAUAUAAGCCUGAUGCAACAAGAUUUGGACCUCCACCGUACAAAACCUUGAUCAGCGUGUAUGGUGGUCCUAGUGUACAGCUUGUUUAUGAUUCUUGGAUAAAUACAGUUGACAUGAGAGCACAAUACUUGCGGAGCAAAGGCAUUUUAGUUUGGAAGUUAGAUAAUAGAGGAACAGCUAGACGUGGACUGACAUUUGAAGGCUGUCUCAAAAACAACAUUGGUCGUGUUGAUGCCGAGGAUCAGCACACUGGAGCUGAAUGGCUAAUUAGACAAGGGUUAGCAAAGAUUGGCCAUAUUGGGUUGUAUGGUUGGAGCUAUGGUGGUUAUCUCUCGGCCAUGGUCUUGGCCAGGUUCCCUGAUGUUUUCCAAUGUGCGGUCUCUGGUGCUCCUGUUACAUCAUGGGAUGGAUAUGACACAUUUUACACCGAGAAGUACAUGGGAUUGCCUUCUGAGUAUGCUGAAAGUUACGAGUAUGGCUCCGUGAUGCACCAUGUUAAUAAGAUGAAAGGAAGGCUGUUAUUGGUCCAUGGCAUGAUCGAUGAAAAUGUACAUUUUAGGCACACGGCAAGGCUUGUUAACGCGCUUGUGGCAGCCGGAAAGCCAUAUGAGCUAUUGAUUUUUCCAGAUGAACGUCACAUGCCACGCCGUCAUAGGGACCGAAUUUACAUGGAAGAGAUGAUCUGGGAAUUCAUCGAGAGGAGCUUGUGAGCUGGUUUUGACGUGGAAGCAAUCUAUUGGUCGAGUGACAUGAGCAGACAUAGUAGCUUUCGCACCCGAUUCUGAAAGAAACAUGUUUACUAAAACGCCAUUCUUCAUGUGUUAAGAAUUUGGAAUUUUUCUUUCUAGAGACAUGUACAAUUAACAAAUAUAUAAUAAAAAAUAAUAAUGUACUGCCUAGAAAAUGGCGUUUUAUAUUGUAUUAUAUUAUUUUUAAACAUUAAUUAGAAUAUGGUUUUCUCCAUGAAAACAGGCAAAGUUGCUGAAUGAUAUCUCAA